UCCAGUAACCACAGUGACAGUGGGUUGUAGUUUCUGCUCCGCCACUAUACCCCGAAAGUCCCAGAAGAGUCUUCAUAGUUGAUACUCUUGAAUCGGGUGGCGCUUUCGAAUAUCAAACCUUCUCAAUCGGAGAACUCGCUUCUCAAUCUGAAAACCAAGAAGCGAAAUCAAAUCAACCACAAUGUCGGUGACUCUGCACACAAACUUAGGCGAUAUCAAAUGCGAAAUCUUCUGCGACGAGGUCCCCAAAACCUCCGAGAAUUUCUUGGCGCUAUGUGCUAGUGGUUACUAUGAUGGGACUAUAUUUCACCGCAACAUUAAGGGUUUUAUGAUUCAAGGUGGAGACCCCACUGGUACUGGCAAAGGAGGGACUAGUAUAUGGGGCAAGAAAUUCAAUGAUGAGAUCAGAGAAUCUCUCAAGCACAAUGCAAGGGGAAUAUUGUCCAUGGCUAACGUUGGUCCAAACACUAAUGGAAGUCAGUUCUUCAUUUGUUAUGCAAAGGCACCGCAUUUGAAUGGACUGUAUACUGUGUUUGGGAGAGUAAUUCAUGGAUUUGAAGUUCUAGAUCUCAUGGAAAAGACUCCAACAGGGGCAGGCGAUCGGCCACUUGCAGAGAUAAGGCUCAAUCGUGUAACAAUGCAUGCUAAUCCACUUGCUGUUUAAGAUUAGUAGUAUAUGUAAAGUUGAAGUUUCUAUUUUCCAAAAGAAUGAUCUAACUUAAGAGGGGGGUGUCAGAGGAAUUCUCACAUACGAAGUUGAGAAAUUGGCAUCCCAGCUUCGGAUUUAAGGAGGCAUUUUGAAAUAGUAGUAAAAUGUAAACCAAAGUGGUAUGCAUGGAAUAUUAUAAGCACGUUUAUAUGGAUUAGCCGCAGUUGCUAAAUUUUGUGAUAUUUAGGUCCAUGUUAUAAGGUGGUUUGAAGUGCUUAGUGUGUGUAUGCACGCUCAUAUAUCAUGGUGGCCAUUGAUGUAUGGUUUGUAAUCUACACCCUUAGCUGGAAUAGCUCUGACUCAGGUGUAGAAGUAUUUCCAUGACCAAUGAAGCAAAGGGUUUAGCAGUAUCUCCAUAUUUUGAACUCAUUGUAUGUUUCUGGCUCCUGACAUUGUGUAUGCUAGACUGCUUGGUUACCAUCGCAA